AAAAAAGCGGGAGUCGCCGCGCCUCUCCCGGUUAUUUCCCUUGAUGUGUUUCUUUUAUCUGACAGCGGGAUCGGGCACAGCGUCGCACGGGAGUUUUAGCCGCAGGGACGGCUCUGCGACCCCGAGGCGCCGGGGUCCGAACUUGGAUUGGCCGGAGUAGGAAGAAGCCGGCUUUCCAUGGCGUCGUCAUCAGCGGCAGCCCAACAGUUGAGAGAUCUGAUCGAGAUCCAGGAGGCUUUACUGGAUAAACUGAGACUAAAGAUAAACAUACAGAAAGCGAACUCAGUAAAUAAGGAGGAAUAUGACACUGUUGUGAAGAAACUAGAGAAAGAAGAGAAAGAACAUGCAGAGACCAAGAAUACCCUAGCUAUAACAUCUGAACGCCUGCAGUUUGCCCUAGGAGAGAUUGAUAUUUUGUCGAAACAACUUGAGUGGGAGAAACAAGCAUUUGACAAGGCACUUUCUCAAGUAAACAGUAAAAUGCUAAAACAAUCACUUCAGAAAGACAAACUUAUAAGCAAAUGUAUAGAAAUUGAAACCCAUAUUCAAAAGCAGGAAAAUAUUCUAAGCUGCAAAGAAAAUGAAAUCGAGGAAUUACAUUACUUCGUCAACAAGCAAAAGCAAAUCUUAAAGAAACAAGCAUCUGAAUUCAAAAUACAGAUGCAACAAGAAAGUUACAUAGCAAAUGUACUUGGAAAAAGGCUCAAGAAAAAAAUUAAGUAACUACAGAAGUAUUCCCUUAAAUUACCAGCUUAGGACUGUUUUCUUACUCUAAAGAAUUUCCCAGGUUUUCUCACUGAAAAGUUCACAAAAUAUUAAGUUUUCAUUUCUCAUUCUGGGCCAAAAUUGAAUAUCCUUUAUUUAUGCAUUUGUAUAAAAUAGUGGGAAUACAACACCGCUAUUCUGAAAUCCUAUUGUUUGAAUGUUCUGUUUAAUUCCUAUCAAGGAACAUAAUUAAUGGUGGGAAGGGCAAUAAAACAACAAGACUAUUUUAUCCCAAUUCAUUAUGUUGUGUGAAAUAUAUGAGCAAUUAAAUUAGAAGUUUUGGACUUAGUGCAACACUUUUCAUUUUAAUUGUUCAUGUACUUCAUAUAUUUCUUAGUGACUAAGAAAUGAGCUUCUGAAUUUCUUAUCGCUAGAAAAGACUUGAACAGUUCUGCGGAUCUGAAAAGUUUUACAGAUGAGGAAGAAGCAGCUAAGCAAAUAUAAAGAUCUCAUUAUGAGAUAGGAGCACUCUAACUAUUUUAGUAUAGUACUUCACAGAUUAUCACUAAUACUUUCUAAUUUUCUCUAUCUUGGAAAAGGGGUUCUUGGGAUUCAGGUAACCAGCUAGUUCUAGAUGACAUCUCCUGGAAAUAUGCCCUAUUUUGAAGACACUAGACAUUGGAGAAGUAAUAUAUUUUGGCUUACCACAUUUACAAAACCAUAUAAUGUACCAUUUAUAGGAGGGAGAGGGACAAUAGAAAGUGAAACCUGCUUCAGACAGAAAUGGUCAAUUUCAGUUUAGUCUCUGCUGGUUGUUUUCCCAGUAAAUGUCCACCAACCGGCCUUUAUUCCAUAUAUGAUCCUCAUGAAUUGGUUCUCCCAGCUUACUUAGAGCUUACACCCCUGAUUUAUAUGAGUGGCUGAGUUAUGUGAGUUGAGAACAACUUUAGGUAACAUUUUGGAUUCUGGUUCUUCAAAACCUCAGUUAAUAUAUUGUGUUUCCCUUAAAUUGUUGUGAAAUUUAUAUGCUUUUUAAAAUUAAUUCCCGAGCCUUUAAAUUUAGCUCCAUCAGUGAACUGAUCUGACCCAGGGUAUCCUGUAGCAUGAUCUUGGCAUGGCUGUAGUGGAUUAGCACCUGCUGCUGUUCCUUUGCUACCCCUUUUUUGAAAAAAAUAAAUAAACAACAUACUUUG